CACAAAUCCCGGUCCAGAUUCCCCACCAUACCCUGAAGGAUCACUCUCACCGCGAUUCUCCAUAAAUUCUUCACAGCCCGCUGUCCUUUCCCCUCUACACCAUAUUCCCCCAAAGAACUCCACCAAACACAUCACAUACCAAGUACUCAAUCAAUAUGUCUAAGCCAGUUUUCUUGAUCUGGGGUGGUGAGGGCUGGGUUGCCGGCCACUUGAAGGCUCUCCUCGAGAAGCAAGGUAAGCAUGCCACUAUCCUCCCGAAUGAAGUCUCGUACCAUUACCUACGACUUGAAGCUAAUAUAUCUACGCAACAGGAAAGGAAGUUCACUCCACCACCAUCCGUAUGCAAAACCGAGAGGCUGUCAUUGCCGAAAUCGAGAGAGUCAAGCCAACUCACGUUCUCAACGCUGCGGGGUCAACUGGACGCCCAAAUGUCGAUUGGUGUGAGGACCACAGAGAGGAGACCAUCAGGAAUAACGUUAUCGGUACCUUGAACUUGACCGAUGUCUGCUACGAGAGAGGAAUUCACAUUACCGUCUUUGCAACUGGUUGCAUUUACGCCUACAACGAUUCACACCCAAUCGGUGGACCUGGUUUCCUCGAGACUGACAAGGCCAACUUUGCGGGUUCUUUCUACUCCGAGACCAAGGCACACGUUGAGGAGGUGAGAUUUCUAAUCACUUGUUUAUGGGAUGUAAUUGCUAACAAAUCCCAAGGUCAUGAAGAACUACUCCAACUGCCUCAUCCUCAGACUUCGUAUGCCAGUCAGUGACGACCUCCACUCCCGUAACUUCGUCACCAAGAUUGCCAAGUACGACCGUGUCGUUGAUAUUCCAAACUCCAAUACCAUCCUUACCGAUCUCCUCCCAGCUUCCAUCCUUCUUGCUGAGCACAAGGAUACUGGAAUCUACAACUUCACCAACCCAGGUGCCAUCUCCCACAACGAGGUCCUUGCUCUCUUCAAGGAGUACGUCCGCCCAGACUUUACCUGGAAGAACUUCACCUUGGAGGAACAAUCCAAGGUUAUCGUUGCUGGACGAAGCAACUGCAAGUUGGACACCACCAAGCUUGAGAAGAAGCUUGCCGAGUACGGAUACACCGUACCCGAGAUCCACGAGGCCUACAAGGGCUGCUUCCAGAGAAUGGCCGCUGCUGGUGUUAAAUAGAUUGGCCCAUUGUUUUCUGUCUUUAAAAGCAUCUUUGCUCGCACAUAAAUUCCCCAUGUUCUUUAGGAAUGUUGGGACAGAUUGAGAACAAAAUGAAAUUGACGAUUUACGAUGAUUCAAUGC